UUUGGGUAUUUGGAAAAUACGGAUAUAUUCAUCAUGUCUUUGCUAUUUGUUCCAUCUUUGGGUUUCAAGCAUUUCCUUCAACUCUCUUGUUUUCAAAAACAACGUAGUUUUAGUCUAGGACCUUGCAAGUAUAGUCUUUACCAAGUCAAACCUAUUAUUUGGAAGGUGAAUAGAAGCGUUGCCUGUGUAGAUGUGCCUCUUAAAAAGGCUUCUGAAAGACAAACUGGAGUGGCAGAUACUUUGUAUCACAAUGCAGAGGCUUUGGAAACUAAAAUUGUUAUUGACAACGAAAAGGACUUUUAUCACAGUAUUAUUUCUGUCAGGUGUAAAGAUAGGCCAGGUCUAUUGAAAGACUUGACUUAUUGCCUAGAGACGGCUGGAAUAACAGUAGAACGAGCCUUGGUAAAAACAGAAAGUCAAUUAGCGUUAGACACUUUCUUUGUAACGGAUAGCGGUUCUAAAAUAGCAGAAGAAGAUUUUGAAAAGAUUGAACACAUAAUCACACAGACGCUUGAAAGCAAAAAGGGUGCGAAUACUACGAUAAAUUGGGUUCCUUUGGCAGGAAAGAAAGUUUAUGUGCAGAAUAGAAACAAGUAUGUUGAUCAUGAACGUGGUAUAGCAGUUGUAACAGAUAAUUCAUCAAGUCCAUUAUAUACAACAGUGACUUUGACAGCUCCUAAUAUUCCCGGUAUUGUAUCUCAAUUUCUUGCCAAUUUGGCUUAUUUGGAGUUGAAUGUUUCUUUCGCAUCUUUGGCUUGUGUUUCUUCUCAAGGAAAUACUCGUCAAGACGUCUUUCAUGUGACUAGUAUGGAAGGCAAACAACUUGAUGAAGCAACUUGCAAUGAAAUAGUGAACAUGGCAUAUUUUAUGCUUUCUACACCUCAAGUGGAAGAAGAUUCUUAUUAGAACUUGUAUAUACUUUAGUAGUUGUUUUUUGGGGGAAAUAGCGUUUCAUUUUCCU